AUGGCUGAGGCAGGCGGGAAUAUCAAGGUCGUGGUGCGAUGUCGGCCUCUCAACUCGCGCGAUUGCUCGCGGCGCGAACUCCUGGUACGCAUGGAAGGCAACCAGACCAUCCUCGAUCCGCCCGACGCCGGUAGCGCGGGGCGCAGGCAUCGUCUGGAAACACUGUAUGAUGAUCUUGGAAAGGAGUUGCUGGAUCACAGUUUCUCGGGCUUCAAUGCGUGUAUUAUGGCGUACGGUGCCGACAAGGGAAUUAUCCCGCUUACUUGUUCGGAGUUGUUUACGCGAGUAGAGGGGAAGACGGCUGCGGACCCUAAUAUCAGCUUCACAGUAGAAGUGUCGUACAUUGAGAUCUACAACGAGAAGGUCCGCGACUUGCUGAACCCGAAGAACAGUGGGAAUUUGAGGGUCCGAGAGCACCCUAGCCUUGGUCCUUACGUCGAGGAUCUGUCCAAGCUGGUCGUCAGUAGCUUCGAUGAGAUGAUGACCCUCAUGGACGAAGGUAACAAGGCGCGUACGGUCGCCGCCACAAACAUGAACGAGACCUCAUCACGGUCGCAUGCCGUCUUCACGGUCAUUCUGACUAUGAAACGGCACGAUGUUGACACAAACUUGGACACCGAGAAGGUCUCCCGCAUCAACUUGGUCGACUUGGCUGGCUCCGAGCGUGCAAAUUCCACCGGAGCCACAGGGGCGCGUCUCAAGGAAGGUGCCAACAUCAACAAGUCCUUGACCACGCUCGGGAAAGUCAUCGCCUCCCUCGCCGUGGCGAGUUCAAACGACGGCAAGAAGGGGAAGAAGGGCAAGGCGGAUGAGUUUGUCCCGUAUCGAGACUCUGUCUUGACAUGGUUGCUCAAAGACAGUCUUGGUGGUAACUCCAAAACUGCUAUGAUUGCUGCCAUCUCCCCUGCAGAUGUCAACUACGAGGAGACUCUCAGCACGCUGCGGUACGCCGAUCAGGCCAAGAAGAUCAAGAACAAGGCCGUCGUCAACGAGGAUCCGAACGCGAAACUUGUCCGUGAACUCAAGGAGGAGCUGGAGACGCUCAGAGCGCGUGUCUCCGGGUCGUCCAGCGAGGCGGUAUACGACCCCAAGAUCCCAGCAGCACAGCAGAAGGUCACGUACCAGGCGAAGGACGGUACACUGAAGACCGUUACGAAGGCCGAGCUGCAAGAACAGCUGGAGACGAGCGAAAAGCUUAUGCAGGUACAGAAGGAGCGAGAAAAGGCGCUGGAAGAGCUUGGUAUCACGAUUGACAAGAACAAUGUUGGCGUACAUACCCCAAGAGGGUACAUGCCUCAUCUUGUCAAUUUGAUCGGCCGUCUUGACAGCCAAAAACCGGCUGCCAUUCGACUCAGCGGUGAGAGUAUCGGAGAGGAGCAUUACGUUCUGUUCGUUGCUGCCUUGUUGUGCACCAUUGAAUGUGUGCUACAGUUCUUGAACGGCCGGCAAAUCACUCCAGGACAGACCUUUAAACUUCGAACUGGCUUCCGAUUAUUCUCGGGACAUCAUGUAUUCCGCUUCAACAAUCCAGAGGAAGUCCGGAAACAGCGCGAUCGCGCCCUGGCAAACACGGAGCCUCACUCUCCCGCCUCGUCCAUUGACGUCGCUGAUGUAGACUGGACAUUCGCCAAGCGCGAAGCUGCCUUCGCGCGAUUAGGAUUGGACCCCACGCUGGAUAAUCUCCCGGACGAAGACUUGAACAAACUCUUCGAGAAGAUUACGAAGGUGAAGACAAUGCGAGACCAUAACGCUCGACCGCGCCCAGAGAGCAGUCUUAGUCAAGCGGACGACAUCUGGAGCGAGAACGGGCGGCCCGUCGAUGCGAUGACGAGCCAUGACAGCCCAGACGUCGGUGGGCCGAAGGACGUGCAGAACCAGCUCGAGUCGCAGCGCGUCGAGUUUGAGGCUCGUUUGCAGUCUAUCGCGGAAUGGACACCAAUUGAACUGGUGCAGAACCACAUGAAGCGCCUCCUCGAUGCCAGGGCAAGAGGGGAGCAUGAUGCCGAGCUGGAGGCGUUCGAGCCUGUCAUCUAUUCCGCGAAACAGCUUCGGCUCAUCCGAAGGGUCCUCGACAAGUGGAGAACUCACCGGUCCUUCUCUAUGGCUGAGGUUGUUUUGUCUAAUGCCGUCUUUGUCAAGGAGGCAAAUGUCAUCAGCAAAGAGCUAGGCAAAGAUGUUUCGUACAACUUCACAGUUGCUUCUGGUGGUUCGCUCGCAGCACCUGCAUCUGCUAUUGACACAAUAGCAGGACUGGAUCAAUUUGGUGACGUUGUUGACCCAGUUCUUGCUUCUGCAACACAACCCACCGUCGCUGUCAAGGUCGUCGAUAAGCGCAACAAUGCCAUCUACGCCUGGUCUCUGGAUCGCUUACAGCAACAGCUCCAACGCAUGCGUAAUCUCACCACGUUCAUUGAUCGCCCAUCCUACUCCCAACAUUUCUCCUCCGAAGAACCUUUCUACGACAACCCACCACCCGAGUACUCCUUCAUCGGCAACGCGCUGUUGUCCCUGGCACCCCUUUCACGGCGACUGUCGUUAAAUUCGACUGUGCCAAUCUUCGACCGCUACACGUCUGAGGCAAUUGGCUCAUGUCGCAUCGACGUGAAGAUUGCUAAUGUUGUCUUGAAUCCGAAACAUGCACACUCUUCCUCCACUUCCACCCGUACAUCCUCCCCUGUCCCCGGGACUGUUCCCCCAGGCAGCAAGUUCAGCUUCGUGCUCAGCAUCGACAAUGUCAAGGGCCUAUCACAUCAUGACUUCCAUUCCGUCCACUUGCAGGUCCGGCUAUCAUCAUUCCUUGGCCCAUCCACGGCAUCAGAAGAAGUCUACCCGUCAUCUGCAGUGGACUUGGAGGCGUCGACACUCUCGGACCUCAAGUUCCGUCGCAGCUUCUCGAUCGUCGCGUCGUCAAGAGUCCUUACAUAUCUCCGUCAAGGAUACGCACCGAUUGAGUUUUUCGCGAGACUGAAGCCGACCUAUCUGGAACGCAUGGAACGUUGGGACGAAAUGCGAGAGCAGCGUGUCGUUCCUAACACCAGAUCCAGUUCGCCGGAGAGCAAACCCCAAGCGGCAACGUUGCCCCUCAUGCGUCGGUCGGAGACAGACUUUGUAGUGGAGCAGACGCACGACGUCGUAGCUUGGCUGCAGAUCAGCGAACUUGCACCGAAUGGCUCCUAUACGCCUGUCCCGGUCAUGUCCCAUGGAAACUUGGAUCCAGGCGCAUUCCAGCUGCACCAAGGUCUACAACGCCGCAUCGUCUUACAGAUGUUCUCGAAUUCGGGUCGGCAGUUACCUUGGACCGAGGUAUCGCGCGUCCGCCUGGGCAACAUUCGAUUGCUGGACGCGAAGGGCCGGUUAUACGAAGCAAAUUCGAAGGCGUUGAUCACCUUGCCUCUGCUACAGCAGCAACACGUCGAAUUCAGGCCUGACGGCACAGGUAUCCUCUCCGCAGAAGCGCUCUGGGAUUCUAGUGUACAUGACACAAUCCUCCUCAACCGCGUCACCGCCCCGGGCCAACGCAUCCUUCUCCAGUUCCAAUUCUCGGUCAACGUUGAGAUCUGUGCAGACCCUGUGCAGUUCACCAUGGACACGGCUAUCUCAAUACAGACGCGAGACGCACGACCACCAUCUCGCAUCUUCAGUCUGCUCGGGUCGACAAAGAUCAUCCCGAAGACAAGCACGGUCUUUACAGUCAAGCUCUCACCACCGCUGACGAGAUCGCCCAAGGACCUCUGGCGGUUAGACACCGCGGAGAAGUACGUGCGCGGCGAAGAGUCCCUGGGUGUAUGGCGACCACGCGGCGUCUCUGUAGUGGAGGACUACAACCGCCUUGUCUCCAUGGAGCGGCGAGCUGCGGACGUCCAGGCCAUCCGUCGUGUCACGCAGGCUGACGCGGUUGUAUGGGGGUCCGAGGCCCUUCUGAAGAAGGCACUCGCGUUGUGGCAGAAGCGCUUCGGACACCCCGGCGAGAUCGUGAUCAAGGAGUCUAGCGUGAAGUCGGGCAAGAGCUCCGUCGGCAUGCAGCUCGCGGAGUCGAUGAAGCUGAUUUCCUCGACGAAGGUCGUCCCCGAAAGUGCUGAUGGCCCGACAAAGAAGGGCCAUAUGCUGAUCAUGAUCGACGCGAAUGAGAACGUCUGGGAACGGAGGUGGUUUGUAUUGCGAAGGCCGUAUCUCCAUGUCUACGCGCACUCGAACGAAACUGAGGAAGUCAAUGUCAUCCAUCUGGAUGGGGUGAACAUUGAAGUCAAUCCGGAGAUGGAGGCUCUUCUCGGGAAGAAGUUCACCUUCACGCUCUUCACCUCCUCGAACUCGUACGCGCUCGCCGCGCCGAGCUUCAAGGAGCUCCAGGCAUGGACAUCCAAGCUGGACCCGACACGUCUCCCGUCAUGA